AUGGAAAUCCUAGACGAGAAACAACCAGGACCCCCCAUGGAAGUCGACGAGGCUGUAUCUGUUCGAGAUCACGAGGCCUUCGCUGCGAAACAUCUCCCAGAUUUGGGUCACGACGUCAAGGAUUUCAAAGUUUUUACGUGGAGGUUGGAGAAUUGGCGCCAGCUAGACAAGAAAUUGACAAGUCCAGAGUUUGAAUGUGGGGGUCACAAAUGGCGAAUUCUACUGUUCCCCUUCGGCAAUUCAAAUGCACCACCAAACGAUACAGUGUCCGUCUAUCUCGACUACGCUGAGCCAAAGAAAUCUCCAGAAGGAUGGCACGCCUGUGCCCAGUUUGCCUUAGUCAUCUCCAACAUUCACGAUCCUACAAUCUACACCGUUAGCCAUGCUCACCACCGAUUUAUCGCGGAGGAAUGUGAUUGGGGGUUCACUAGGUUCAGCGAGCUACGCAAGCUGUUCCAACCUGUCGAGGGUCAACCGCGCCCAACAAUUGAGAAUGGAUCUGCGGAUAUCACAGUGUUCGUCCGCGUCCUUGAGGACCCGACAGGAGUGCUAUGGCAUAACUUUGUCAACUACGAUUCGAAGAAGGAGACUGGGUUUGUGGGUCUGAAGAACCAGGGUGCCACCUGCUACAUGAAUUCGUUGCUACAGUCUCUGUUCUGCACACACUACUUCCGCAAGGCGGUAUAUCAAAUACCGACAGAACACGAUCACCCCACCGAAAGCGUGGCGCUUGCUUUGCAGCGAGUAUUCUAUCACCUACAAACUUCAGAUCAGCCAGUCGGAACCACUGAGCUUACCAAAUCAUUUGGAUGGAAAUCGUUGGACUCGUUCUUACAACAUGAUGUCCAGGAAUUCAACCGGGUGCUCCAGGACAAGCUCGAGUCCAAGAUGAAGGGCACGAAAGCUGAAGGGGCUAUUCAAAAGCUUUUUGUCGGUAAAAUGAAAAGCUACAUUAAAUGUGUCAAUGUGGAUUACGAAUCCUCGCGCACUGAGGCUUUCAACGAUAUCCAGCUUAACGUCAAGGGCAUGAAGAACCUUUACGAAUCAUUCAAGGACUACGUCGCUGUUGAAAUGCUGGACGGAGAAAACAAGUAUCAAGCCGAGGGCUUUGGUUUACAGGACGCGAAGAAGGGCAUCAUCUUCGAGUCCUUCCCUCCAGUAUUACAUCUCCAGCUCAAGCGUUUCGAAUAUGACAUUCAGCGAGACGCGAUGGUCAAAAUCAACGACCGUCAUGAAUUUCCCUUUGAGAUCGAUCUCGAAGAAUUCCUUGACCCAGCUGCCGACAGGUCUCAACCAUGGGUCUACAAACUCACAGGCGUCCUGGUCCACUCCGGCGAUUUACACGGAGGACACUACUUUGCCCUAAUCAAACCGGAUCGGAAUAGUCGAUGGCUGAAAUUCGACGAUGAUCGGGUCACUCCUGUAACCGAUAAGGAAGUCCUCGAAGAGAACUAUGGUGGCGAACCCCUUAAUGGAAUCCCGCCUACCUAUCAGCGAAACCAGGGACGAACCAUCAAGCGCUUCACCAACGCCUACAUGUUGGUUUACAUCCGCGAAUCCGCCAUGGACGAGAUCUUGGCACCGUUCACCGAGGAAGACACCCCUGCGCAUCUCAAGCGUCGGUUGGACGAGGAGAAGCUUCAACAGGAAGCGAAGAAGCGGGAGCGGGAGGAGCAGCAUCUUUUCCUGACUGCCAAAGUUAUUACUGACGAGACCUUCUCGCGUCAUGAAGGAUUUGAUCUGGCUUCGUUCGACGAGAAAAACUGGCCGCCGUCUGAUUUGCCUAGCUUCCGUGUGUUGAAGCAGGAAACCUAUGCCACGUUCAAGAAUCGAAUUGCCCGUCAUUUCAAUUACCACGAUAACCAAAUCCGACUGUGGGUCCUCGUCAACCGUCAAAACAAGACUGUCCGACCAGACACCUGGAUACCCGAGAACGAACCGACUUUGACUGUCGAUGUGAUCCGAAACCAAAUGGCCGCUCGUCAGACCGACCUCCGCCUCUACGUCGACGUGAUUGCUGAUCCAUCGAAGCCUGACCCGCCCCCGCAAACGAUCAUGAUCUUCCUCAAGCACUUUGACACCACCAAGCAGUCACUUACUGGUGUCGGAAAGGUUUACGUUGGCCGGCAAAGUAAAGUUGGAGACCUCAUCCCGAUCAUCAACGAGCGCAUGAGAUGGACACCUGGCACGCCCUUGAAGCUCUAUGAGGAAAUUAAACCUGGGAUGAUUGAAUUGAUGAAACCCAAGCUCACUUUCUCGCAGAGUGAAAUCCAGGAUGGUGACAUCAUCUGCUUCCAAGUUGACCUCUCGGAGAAGGAAAUCACCGACCUCGACAGCCAAGGCCUGUACUCCAACCCGGUUCAAUUUUAUGACUUCCUUCAGAACCGGGUCAUGCUCAUUUUCAGACCCAAGCACGAAGAUGGUCAAGAUAACCCUGAGUUCCACAUCAUCUUGAGUAAGAAGCACAACUACGACAUGAUGGCCAACAAGGUUGGAGAGGCACUUCGCCAUGACCCUAUCAAGCUUCGAUUCACUACCACUCAUGCGUCCAACGGUUCACCUAAAGCCAUCUUGAAGCGAUCCUUAAACCAGAGCAUUGCAGAAAUCAUGGCACCCAACUACAUCAGCCCCACCACGACGGUUAUCCUGUACGAGAAGUUGGACGUCAGCAUUGUGGAGCUCGAGACCAAGCGCAGCCUCAAGGUCAUCUGGACUGGUAUUCAUAACAAGGAAGAGGCGUCGUAUCCUUUCCUUCUCCCAAAGACGAGCAUGGUCCAUGAUCUCGCUGAUCAUCUUGCCAAGCAAGUCACGCUAUCACCUGGUGGUACUGGCAAAAUUCGUGUGUUCGAGAUCUCGAAGGACGGAAAGAUGCAGAAAGAGUUUACCGGAUCUGAGAUGAUUGGUAACAUCCCUGACCCAGUGGAGUUGUAUGCAGAGGAAGUGACUCGGGAAGAAUUGGAGGCGGACGAUACCGACAAGGUUAUCGGCGUGUUCCACUUCUCCAAGGAACUCACGAGGACACACGGCGUUCCUUUCAAGUUUGUAGUGAAGCGAGGAGAGAAGUUCUAUGAUACUAAGAAGCGGUUGCAAGCUCGCUUGGGAGUGUCGGACAAGGAAUUUGCCAAAUAUCGAUUUGCGCUCAUCCAGGCGUCAACCUUCAAGCAGCCCUCGUACAUCGAAGAUGAGGACACUAUCUACGACCAUCAGUUUGCACCAGAGGAUGUGCUAGGUUUGGACCAUGUGGACAAGUCUGGAAGGACAAGAGCUGGUGGAGGGGAGAAAGCGAUCGUGAUUCGAGGAUGAUUGUAGCAUCAUCGUCAGCUUUCUUCAUUACAUACUGUACAUCGUUCUUUCCCCGCUUUGUUUCGAUUCGUCACUUAUUCUCACUGUAACCUUUGAUUUGCAACUUGCCGGCCUGGAUGCGGACUGCUCUAAUGGUAUCUCUGUCAUAAUAUGCCUU